UAUCGCUAGCUUUCAACCCUACAUACAAGGCAUGACGCACAGCAGCGACGUUCUGGGGCUUGGAAAUAAAGCCUCUGGCAGCAAGAAGAGGUCGCUGCCGAGUGACUCCGAGGACGACAACGAAAGGGAACUGCAGAUGAAGAUGAAGAUGAUCCUGGAGGUUUUUUCAGACUGCGAUGCUCAAGUGUUACAUCUGAUGAAUACGGGAGUACUUUUUGUUCUGCUAGUGACGAGUGGUCCACCUACUCCUGGGCAAACCGCGCAAAUGAACGAGACAAGGGCCCUAAUUGGUGGUGGGACAGAGUAUGUGGUGAUGGACAGUACACCGUAUCCUAACUUUCAUGCUGAAAUCGGGGUCCAUCGGGACCCUCCCUACAUUGUCCUCCUACGCGAGAUGGACGCCCUUCAUACUUUUCCCCCUCAUGCCCUUCCACAGGAAAUUGCUGACAGAGUAGCUGAAAACGCGGAUUGAGGAUAUGAUUUCACAGAGCAUUCAUCCAUAGCUGUUGGAAAGCUUUGGAAAAUGUUUUAGGUAUGAUAUGAGAAUGCUCAUUGUUUGUUUGACUUUGGGAAAUGUACUAUGUACUACUGAGAUGCUGCUGAAUUUUAGAGAAGUUUUGUUUUCAAAACUCAAUCUUCACUUUGAUUAAUUGACAUGGUAUGCACGCUUUUCGCUUUGAAUGUUGCCAAGGCCAAUUAAUCACUACCUUGGCUUGUCAUUUCUCUGUUUAAUUGAGAUUUCCCAUUCUUAUAUUUCACUAAGCUGCUUCAUAUUCCUUAUUUC